AUGAAUAAUUUCAUUUCACUUUAUGAGAGCAGUCAACUUGACAACCGGAGCACAAAUUCUAUCCAACAUAUUAAUAAUGCUACUAGAGAUUUCAUGGCUAGCAAUGAAAAUGGGAAUUAUAUUAUCAUUCAUAAAAAUGAAACAUCAAUUUUCCUUAGUAUUUUAGUAUUUUCAGUGUAUAUCAUCACUAUGUUAUCGUCUUUCAUUGGCAAUACAAUAGCAAUUUAUAUAUUUUUGCGUAAACGUAAAAACUUCAGCAUUAAACAUGCUACUAUGAUGAAAUCGUUUAUCAGUAGUGAAAAGCAAGUAGAUUCAAAUUCAGAACACUAUCCACAGUCAUUAGCAAACAGUCAGGUUGACGAAAAUUUCAAUACUACACGAGGUACUUAUGACCACCAUAUGAAUUUGUUGAAAAAGAACUUGGACACUUCAAUAGAAAAAGCACCAAAACAUUUGCAUCAUAUUACAAGAAAUACCAGUCAUAAGCAAACAUUUUACAUGAAUGCAGCAUUUAAUUAUUAUUUAGCCAGUUUAGGAAUAUCUGAUUUAUUUAUGGGUCUUUUUUGUAUCCCGUUUACAUUCACACAAAUUUAUUUACAUAACUGGCCAUUUCCUGAUUUAAUGUGUCCACUUGUUGUUUAUGUACAAUUGGUUAUGGUGACAGCCUCAUCAUUAACUAAUACAAUUAUUAGUCUUAACCGAUUAUUUGGUAUAAUAAGUCCAUUUAGAAUUGAUUAUUGGCCUAGUAGACAUCAAAAAUCAUUGACUAUUUGUAUCAUAAUUAGUAUAUGGAUAAUUGCAUUUAGCGGAAGUACAGUACAACUAUUUGCAACUAGAACACAAAGACAAGGACAAAAUUCAAAUCAAAUAGAAGGACAAGAAGGUUAUUUAACCGAUCGUAAAUUAUGCCAAGAAUCAUGGAAUGGUGAUGACUAUAAACGUUCAAUUUAUACAGUUGUACUAUUCCUAGUAAUCUACAUCAUCCCAUUGGGUAUACAAACAUCAACCUAUGGAUAUAUUAGUGUUAGGUUAUGGAAUCGUAAAACACCUGGAGAGUCAAUUAAAGGAGUAGAAGAAAUGCGAAUUAAAGAGAAGAAACGAAUUAUUAAAAUGCUGGCUUUCAUUGUUGCAAUGUUCGGAAUAUGUUGGCUGCCAUCACAUUUAUUUUUCCUUCUACAAGAUUUUAGUCCGUUAUUUCGUAAUAUGCCUGAAAAUAAAACCAGAAUUGUAUAUGGUAUUUGCCAUUGGAUAGCAAUGUCCAAUAGCUUUGUUAAUCCGAUCAUUUAUUUGGUUAUGAGCAAAUCGUUUCGGACUGAUUUCAAAAGAAUUGUUCAGUGCAUAUUCCCAUGUUGGAAAUCAGGUAAUCUUCCAAAUUCUUGA